UUUUUUUUGGAAGGACUGUUUAAAAUAUCAAAAUAUCAGAAUCGGUUACUGGGCUCUCAAACUACCCUGUCUCUGCUCUGUUCUUCUCUGUUGUUCUAUGUUCUUAUUAGUUCCUGUGAAAUAGGAAACAAAAAGUUACUGAAAUUAUUACUACUCAUCCGCAGAUGUGAACAUAUAACAUGGCUACGCUAUCUCUGAUAUCCGGCAACUGUGGGAGGGGGAGGGGAGAUGGCAAUGGCUUGAUUUGGCAUUUCUCGAAUAAGUUUUUGGCUGGUGAUGUUCAUGGAAGGCUGAGGCUGCGGAAUUUUGAAGCUCCGAGGUUAGGAAAUCAUGGGAGGAAUUUUCGAGUGGUGGCUGGUGUUAGGAAGGGGAAGAAGCACGACUAUCCAUGGCCGGAUAACAUUGAUCCGAAUAGCAACGCGCCACUGACAUAUCUCUCCUACUUCAAGCCUUUGGAGGAGAAGCCUAAACCUGUCACUCUUGCCUUUGAGAAGCCAUUGAUAGAUUUGGAGCAGAAGAUCAUUGAGGUUCAAAGAAUGGCUAGUGAUACUGGAUUAGACUUCACCGACCAAAUCAAAUCUUUGGAAAUGAAGUAUGAACAGGCUUUGAAGGAUUUAUACACACAUUUGACUCCAAUCCAACGCCUGAGCAUUGCUCGACACCCCAACAGGCCCACCGUGCUUGAUCACAUCUUGAACAUCACAGAGAAGUGGGUGGAGCUCCAUGGGGAUCGCGCAGGUUAUGAUGAUCCAGCCAUUGUGGCUGGUAUAGGUAGCAUAGAGGGCCGGAGCUACAUGUUCAUUGGGCACCAGAAGGGACGGAACACCAAGGAGAACAUCAUGCGCAACUUUGCCAUGCCAACCCCCCAUGGUUACAGGAAGGCUUUGAGAAUGAUGAGAUAUGCUGAUCAUCACGGAUUUCCCAUUAUUACAUUUGUUGACACCCCAGGGGCCUUUGCUGAUCUGAAAUCCGAGGAGCUAGGACAGGGUGAAGCAAUAGCCUACAAUUUGAGGACAAUGUUUGGCCUUAAAGUUCCAAUCAUCACAGUAGUGACCGGUGAGGGUGGCUCGGGUGGCGCCCUUGCAAUUGCGUGUGCCAACAAGUUGCUAAUGCUCGAAAACUCAGCAUUCUACGUUGCAAGUCCGGAAGCUUGUGCAGCUAUAUUAUGGAAGUCAUCCAAGGCAGCUCCUAAGGCAGCUGAGAAGCUGAGGAUUACUGCUCAAGAACAUUAUAAGCUCAAGAUAGCAGAUGCGAUCAUUCCUGAACCUCUAGGUGGUGCACAUGCGGAUCCUUUGUGGUCAUCUCUGAGGAUCAAGGAUGCCAUUCUCCAGGAAAUGGAGGAGCUGACAAGGAUGACGACCAAGGAGCUGCUUGAGCACCGGAGGCUCAAGUUCCGGGCCAUUGGACUAGGAGGGUUCAAGGAAGACCCUGAUCUGGAGCCUGAGAGGAAGCGAAAUAUGAAGGCGUCUGAGGUGGGUGCACUGAGGUUCAAAGACAUAGAAUCCGAGAUUGAUGGUCUCAAGAAGACCAUACUCGAGGCAAAGGGGCCGUCUGAUCCAAUCACGGUUCAGAAGCUGGAGAAGCUCGAAGAAGAUCUUGACAAUGAGAUGACAAAAGCAUUCAUCUCAAUGGGGUUGGCUGAUAAGAUUGAGUCCCUCAACUUGGAGUUAGCUAGGUCCCCGAAUCCUGAUAAGGCCCUGAAUGAAGAUUUGAAGGAGAGGGCAGAUGAGAUAGUGCAGGAGAUCAAGAGGAAUCUGGCGCGCCCUGGCGAAUAUCUUGUCCUAAAGGGGAAGCUCCAAACAAUCGAAAUUGCUAACAAGCUCCUUGAGGCGAAGGCUAGCAGUGAGAAGUUGAAGAUUGAGCUUAACCAGAAGCUUUUACCAGAGAUCAAGCAAAAAUUUGAGGCCUUAAAGAGGGCUAGGGAGAAUCUAGCACGCGGUGAUGCAUUGGACGAGGAUCUUGCAUCACAGGUUGAGGAGGCGAAGGAAGAGCUUGAGGAGGUUUUAAGAUCGGCCAAGUUGGAGGUUGUUGGAACGACGAAAAGGGAGGCCUUGAAUCCACUUCAUGAAGUGAGAGAGGAGAUGGCGAGGCUCGACAGAGAGAUCAAGGAGGAAAUCAAGAAUGUGAUUGAUAAAAAGGGGCUCGGUUUGAAGAUUGAUGAGCUGAGAGAAGAAGCUGUGAAGGAUCCUAAUUCAGAGAAAGUGAGGAAGAUGGAAGCAGAGAUAAGGGAAGAGAUUGCAGCUGAACUUGUUGGAAGCCCUCUUAGGGAGAGGCUUGAGAGUUUGAGGAGGUUGCAAGGGGGGUCACCCGACAUGGGUGUCGUGCAGGAGAACGUUGGCCUCAACAACGGGACUGCUCGGGUCUAGUUGAUGGAGUGAACGAUCUUAGUUAUGAUACGUGCAUCGAUGUUUAAGUUUAUUACGUAUAUUGUUGUUGUUGUGUGCGAUUUGCGAUGUUGCCAUUUCUUGGAAAUUUUGUAUUAACAUGAGUUUUUAUGUUUUAAAAAGUUAUAUUCUGAGAAAUUAAUUGAACUCGAAUGUUUAUA